AUGAACGGUCAAGCGCCAAAGCGCGCCUUGAUGAUGGCUAUCUUUGCUUCAAUUGUUGCUAUUUUAAAUCGAUAUCACCAAUUCGUAGUUCCUACGCGCGAAUCAACGGCAUUCACUGACUCGCUUACGGUGUUUAACACUUUUCUUGGUCUGAUCAUCUCAUUUCGCAUGAAUUCAGCCUUCGUACAGUGGCGUGCAGGUGUAGUUGCUGUGGGGUCUCUCUCAGAGGCUGCGCGUGACAUUGUAGCCUCGGGCUGUGCAUCCGUAUGUACAACGAUCGAGUCAGAAUGCACAGUUGCUACUGACAUACCUGAGACCGGGAAUUAUUACACCUUUGGAGAAGAUAAAACGACGUCAAGCAUACCCAAGGACGUUCUCGAAAAGUGCACGUUCUUCAUGGAGCUACGUCGAUUAGUAUUUCUAUAUAUUGCUAUUGUGUUUCACCAUUGUCGCGGUGUGGAUGGUAUCGACAAAUUGAAGGAAGCCGGAGUGCUUACAGAUGCCGAGCAUGACGAACUUUACGCUUGUGGGUCGGAAUACAGGGUGCAAGUUGAAGAUAAAGAGUCCUUCAGAGCAGUUGUUCGCCAAACUCCUCAUAAGUUACGAGCUACAAUUACGGAGCUCUGGCUUAAGCGGCUUGUGCAGGUCGCUACAGAUCGUGGGCACCUAUCGGGGGCAAAUGCGAGCGCUCUUCACUCAAAACUCUCACGGCUACCAAACCUGUAUACAACAAUAUUCAACAUUGCGAAUGUCCCGAUCCCGUUCAACUAUAUGCAGUAUUUGCAGUUCCUUCUCAUAGCGUACAUGCUACUCUACACGUUCGUGAUUGUACCUAGGUCUGGAUUGUAUACCCCUCUGUGGGUGCUGGCGUGGGGAACUUUUCUGUUUAUGGCCGACGAAGUUGCCAUGGAAAUUGAGUGCCCUUUUGGGCUUGAUGCGAAUGACAUCGAUUUGGAGGCUCGGCUUUUGCACAUUGAAGAAGAACUCACUGUGUUGAUUCGUAGUCAAUACUACUUCGUGACGAGGGGCACAAGUCCAACGCAAAGUCUCAGUAGCUCCUCUUCGAACACAAGGAUCCCAAUCAUCAAGUCAAAGUCCGAGUCUUCUUCAAACACUUUUUCUUUUCACCAAGGCCGCAUCCCACCUUUCCAGGGUAUCAUUCAUCAACAGAGGUCUUUGCCUGAGAUCAACGAAUUUACAAAACUUAUUCGAGAUCCUAGCGAAAUUAGUCAGAGUAGUAUUAUUGGCUAA